AUGACCCAGCUCGACAUUGCGACCAAAGCUCCCGAGAGCGAUGCCGCCGAAAGUGUCACCGAGCCAGUAACCGAGAACACCUCCGCCGCCGACACGCCGGCCCAGUCGACCAGCCCUACUACGACUACGGGAGGCGCUGGAGAGCACAGUGAACAUUGCGUGUCGGAUCGACCAGCUCCGGCCGGCCAGUCUUCGACUGGCGAGAUCAUUAAGAUCAACGACGUGGAGACAUACAUUUCGAAACCCGCCGACUAUCCUCAUGCGCCAGCCAGGCUUCUGCUCCUGUUAACAGGAGGCACAGGCCUGAAGUCGGUAAACAAUCAGCUUCAGGCCGACAAGUUCGCCAGCGAGGGCUUCGUAGUGAUCAUGCCUGACCUCUUCAACGGCGACGCUGCACCCAACUCUUCCACGAUUGAUAGCAGCGAGGAUACUGGGUCGUUCCUGGACGCCUUUAAAAUGAAAAUCGUCGAGACGGCGAAAAGCUUCCAAAUCGACAUGUGGCUGGCGCGACACACGGAAGAGAAGGUCCUGCCAAUUCUUUACAAAGUUAUCGAGGGUGCUAGGGAGAAGUUUGGGGAUGCGGUCAAAAAUGGAGACGGUAUCUAUGCUGUCGGUUAUUGCAUCGGGGGACGUUACAUUCUGCAUCUGGGCUCCGACAAGAAGGUUGCGACUGGAGGCCAGGAGCCUGCUGAUGCCGAAGCUGGUGAAGUCAAAACUGGUCCUUUCAUUAAGGUUGGUGCGAUAGCACACGGUGCCUCUGUUAUUCCCGACGACUUCACCGGCAUCAAGGUGCCUAUAUCGCUCGUCUGUGUUGAGAACGAUCCUCUCUUCCCUGAGGAGGUCAGAACAUUCGGUGAGGACGUCAUGUCCAAGGCGAACUUGGAACACGAAGUUCAUGUCUACCCUGGCGUGCCGCAUGGCUUCGCUGUUGUUGGCGAAUAUCAGGACAGUUCGAUCAAGGACGCUCAGAACACCGCUUACGAGCAAAUGCUGAAAUGGAUCAAGGAGCACUAG